ACCGGUAUAAAACUCUUGCACUGUACCGGCUCGCACAGUCUGCAUCUCUCUCACAUAAAGAUUACAUUGUUGUCUGCGUGAGGCUUAAGGACAUUUGCGAGAACUAUUUAGAAUAUAAAACCAAGAAAAACAAGUUAUAAAUAUAUAUAUAUAUAUAUAUAUACAUACACAUAUAAUAUAAAUAUAUAUUUAUUUAUUCAUUUAUUCAUUCGUAAUAUUACGUAAACAGUGAAGUCAUCUUUUACAUCAUCAUGAGGGAAUGUAUCAGUAUCCACGUUGGACAAGCAGGUGUACAAAUUGGCAAUGCCUGUUGGGAACUCUACUGUCUUGAACACAAAAUUCAACCUGAUGGUCAAGUACCUUCAGAUAAGAAAUCGAGGAGAGAUGAUUCGUUUAGUACUUUCUUCAGUGAAACUGGAGCUGGGAAGCAUGUCCCCAGAGCGGUCUUUGUUGAUCUGGAACCAACUGUUGUCGAUGAAGUCCGCACUGGUAUGUAUCGACAGCUUUUCCAUCCCGAACAGCUAAUCACCGGCAAAGAAGAUGCAGCAAAUAACUACGCACGUGGUCAUUAUACCAUUGGCAAGGAGAUAAUCGACCUAGUACUAGAUCGAAUCCGGAAGUUAUCUGAUCAGUGCACAGGGCUUCAAGGGUUCUUAGUUUUCCACAGUUUUGGUGGAGGUACUGGAUCCGGUUUUUCUUCCCUGUUGAUGGAACGCCUUAGUGUAGAUUAUGGGAAAAAGUCCAAGCUUGAGUUCUCAGUCUACCCAGCACCACAAAUUUCAACUGCCGUUGUUGAACCAUAUAACUCCAUCUUAACAACGCAUACUACUCUGGAACACUCUGACUGCGCUUUCAUGGUUGAUAAUGAAGCUAUUUAUGAUAUUUGCCGUAGAAACCUGGAUAUAGAAAGACCUAGUUAUACAAAUCUCAACCGUCUAAUCGCUCAGAUUGUCAGUUCAAUCACUGCCUCUCUACGUUUUGAUGGGGCUCUUAAUGUAGAUUUGACUGAGUUUCAAACUAACUUGGUUCCUUAUCCUAGAAUUCAUUUCCCGCUCGCAACUUAUGCUCCGGUUAUUUCAGCCGAAAAAGCCUAUCAUGAGCAACUAUCAGUUGCUGAAAUCACCAAUGCCUGUUUUGAACCGGCUAAUCAACUUGUUAAAUGUGACCCGCGCCAUGGCAAAUACAUGGCGUGCUGUUUGCUGUACAGAGGAGAUGUUGUACCUAAAGAUGUCAAUGCAGCUAUCGCCACUAUUAAGACAAAACGUUCUAUUCAGUUCGUUGAUUGGUGUCCCACUGGUUUCAAGGUUGGAAUUAACUAUCAACCACCCACUGUUGUUACCGGAGGUGAUCUUGCCAAAGUCCAACGCGCUGUUUGUAUGUUAAGUAACACCACAGCUAUUGCUGAAGCUUGGGCACGUCUUGACCACAAAUUCGAUUUAAUGUAUGCUAAAAGAGCUUUCGUACAUUGGUAUGUAGGGGAAGGUAUGGAAGAGGGAGAAUUCUCCGAAGCACGUGAGGAUUUGGCAGCAUUAGAAAAAGAUUACGAAGAAGUCGGUGUUGAUUCUAUUGAAGGUGAAGGUGAAGAAGAAGGAGAAGAAUAUUAAAAUGGCUGUUCAACGUUUAAAAUGGCGACAAAGGAGAGAGGACUUAUUUUAGUAAUAAGAAAAGUCGUCCACUGAUAUUUUGUGGAGAUUUCCGACAGUAUGAAACAAUGUUUCGAGCCAAUUAUUCUCAAACGUCAUUUUUCCCAACCAGGCUCGGAAGAGUGAGACGAAAAAAGAUACCAAUCUAAAUGACAACAAAAUAAAUUCAAACAUGGAUUUUAUUCCUUGAACAAUAACAGCGAGAAAGAAAGAAAGAAA